CGCAGCCGCCGCUCUCACGAAGCUGCGACAGCGUGGCGUCCAGCGCGUCGUGGCCGCCUUCCGUCGCGUCGGUCGGCGACAGCUUGCUUGAGGACGGUGCCGACGUGCGGGCAGUGCAGCGAGAUGUGACCCUGCGCAGUCUGCUAGACACACUUGCUGCUUCUGCUGCUUGUAGCAGUGUGCCGGAGAGAGUGCUGCAUCCUCUAUUGCCAGCAGCAGCAGUAACAACAGCAGGAGGUGUGGUGCUGGCGUCAGCGCAGCAACACGAAUCACACGAAUCGGGCGCUGCAGCGAGUGCGUCAGCACAACAAACGCUUCUACCGCUAGCAGUAGAGCUUUGUCGCGUGGUACGCCCCUUCGCGCGACGGCUGCUGCUGCUGCUCACACAGGAGAGCGGUGGCCACGCCAGCGUGACACCCAACACAUGCGCGGAAGCUGUCAACUGCGUCUUAGAGUCGGAAGGGGUUCGGGGCGUGCGUGCAACGCGACGUCUCUGCCGUCACAUCGCCGUAAUGCACGGCGUGUUGGAGGAUGAGGGGCAGAGAAACGAGACGGUGCCAUACGCCAGUUUUGUGGCCAGCGUGGUGCAGUUGGCGGAAGAGGCGUGA